GUUGCUGCUCUAUUUAUUAUGAGAUGAACAUCAUAUAAUUCCCCAAAAUGGCGUCUAUGUGGAAGAAGACCCAAGCUAAGCUAGGUCUGAAUCUUCCCAUAGUGCUGCUGAUGUUCAAAGGUGCAAUUGCACCGACAAUUGGACUCGCAAUAUAUCAGAGUGACGCUGUGGCAAAGCAGUUUUCUACCAUUGGCUAUCUCAUUCCCAUCAUGUCUAUUCUCACGAUUCCAGUCGCGCCACGAGCCCGGUUCUUCCAAAAUCUUAUAGUGAGCAUGCUUUUGGUGGGGUUCGCAGUCGCAUUAUCUUUCUUAUCAAUGUGGUGUGCCAUCCGUGCACGCAAAAACACAACUCAUAUACCUCAGGGAGGCAACGGCGCAGGUCCGGUUACUGGUGCUCCUGUAAGCCCGUAUAAUGCCGCUGCGAGUGUUAACAUGGCGAUCUGGUUCUCAUUCGAAGUGUGGCUGGCAAAUACGUUCCGUGCUUUUCGACCGCAGUACUUCAUUCCGUCAAUAAUAUUUUCCAUUUUUAUCCAGGUGACUGCGACCUAUGGAACUCAGUUCGAAACGAUGGAUGAAGCUGGAUCUUUAAUCAAACACUUGAUGGGGUCAUUUUUUGCGGGAUUUGGACUAUCAGCAGCAGUCAAUGUGUUGAUUAUUCCACUCACAUCUCGAAAGAUUGUUAGUAUGUACAUAGUGGAGAAUUUCGAUGCGAUUCAACGAACACUGGAUGCCCAGCGUGAAUUUGCGCAAUCCCUAUCCUCGCGUUGUUGGCCUUCUGUCCAUGGUACCUAUGAUAUCACCCAGCAGGAGACUACACCUUUAUGGCCUGAAGCAAACUCUCUGAAAGAGGCAACCACCCAAGCUACCAAAGCCCUUGGAAAGAUAAUAUCGGAAUUGCGCUUUGCAAAACGUGAGGUUGGUUGGGAUUACCUAGGGCCAAAGGAACUAGUGAAAAUCACUCGCUUAUCGAAGAAAAUAUUGGGCUCAAUGCUGUGGAUGGAGUCAUUUGUCGAGGUCAGCAGACGUAUCCCUCGUGUUGUGACCGAGUUGGACAGCAUUCCUCAUGAAGAGGAGCAGCAGAUGUGGUCUUGGGUAUUUGAGAGGAGGCGCGGCCCCACCGAACAACUUAUCCAAGCCAUGAAAGAAAGUCUAGACGACUCUGUGUACGUUCUUCGCUUCCGCAAAGCGCCAACUGUAUCUCAAUCGGAUAUUGAAAACAAUAGAGAUCACACGAGCACACACUUAGAAGAGAUGAUUGAAUAUUUCCUUCGAGGGCAGCAGGAUACCUUAGAGAUGUGGCUCUCAUGGACAGGCAUGCAUCAGCCUUCUGAAAUACUUACGGGAGUAGAUUCUGAGCGACGUGAACGGUAUCGGCUCCAGCUCUACUUUCUCCUUGAUUUAGAAUCUUCGCUCCUUUCAACUGCGAGAAGAAUCCUAGACCUGGUGAAAUAUGCGCAUUUGAAGGUGGACGAUGGAACCAUGAAUAAAAAACGGCUGGUGCUGCCAACGAGGAAGGAAUUAAAAAAAUGGUUCUGGGCGUCAUUUUCUAGGGAAGACCGAGAAUUGGACUAUUAUCAGUACAGCAGAAGAUCUGGAACUGUUAGGAUCUGCCUGGAUGAUGUCCUACAGACAGGCACACAUCCGGAACACGUCCUCCCGCAAAGCACGUGGGAGAAGAUUGGCGAUAAUGUUCGGAGAGGCUUUCGCUUCUUCGGUUCACCUGAGUCCGUGUUUGGUUUUCGAGUAGCGGUGGCUACCAUGGCUGUUUCAGUCGUUGGGUUUCUCAGAAACUCACAACACUUUUACAUCCAGCAACGCCUCAUCUGGGGUUCGAUCAUGAUUGCAAUUAGCAUGACAUCGACUGUGGGGUCAGCUAUGUAUGGACAAUCAAUGCGGCUCCUUGGGACAUUUAUUGGAAUGGUGUUGUCGUAUAUUGACUGGUACAUAGUCGACCGACAGCCAGCAGGCGUCCUUGUCUUCGUUGGGAUCAGCAUGUUCUUGUCCUACUACCCAUUAAUUAAGUUUCCCACUCACUCUGUGCCGCCUAUAGUCGAAAUGGUCACCGUUAUGUUAAUUGUGGGCUAUGCACUUCAGGUAAAGAAAGUUGGGGUCAUCUUCUCUGAGUCCAACGGGCAAGCAUAUCACGCUCUAUAUGUACUGUCACCUUAUCGACUCGCUACUGUUGUGGGUGGCAUCGGGGUUGCUUUUCUGUUCACGUAUUUCCCCUCUGUGACCACCGUCAAAAGCUGCUUCAGACGAGAUCUUGCGUCCUUUCUAUACCUUCUCGCACAUUACUACAGCUCCGUGUACACGACACUCUCCAUAUCAGUCAGAGGUCUGGCUGGAGAUCAUAGCGACAAUAAGAGUCUUGGGAGAAUCCUUGAAAGAGCUCGCGCUCGUGUACUUGCCAAGGAAAUUGUUCUUCUUCAGGGAAUGGAACAACACACGUGGUUCUUUGCCUGGGAACCUACGAUUGGGGGAAAAUUCCCCAGGGAUGCCUACGAGAAAUUGGUUGAGCAUGCGCGAAACGUACUUCAAUUUUCGGCAACGUUAGUCGAAAUCACUGAUUCAUUCCAUUCUACUGGCACGAUGCUCUCAGACUCGUGGGCAGAAGAGAUCAGACAGCUCCUAACUUCACUGGACGUAAGGUCCCAUGAAGUGACGUCUUUUCUCACUACACUAUCAGGUGCCAUCAAAACCGGGAACCCAUUGCCUCUUUACCUUAAGACGCCCAAACUUCGUCUGCCUACUGAGCUACUGGCUGCUGCUGCUGCUGCUCCCGACGCGAACCUUCUUAGUGAAGAACAUUUCAGCCAGCCGGCCUUUUCAGUUAUUGCUUCGAUGGAGAUUACCAUGAUGGCCCUGGAAGAUGAUCUAUCUCAACUAUUAUCCGGGACGAAAGAGAUUGUGGGAGAGUUGAACUUGUUGACAGAUAUUGUCCGCAGAAAAGACUUGCCUGCUAAUAUGGAUUCAAUCAUGGCAACGGAAAAAAGAGAUUGACUCUUGUAUCUCCAUUUCUUGCUUCCAGUGCUUGCUGACUACUUUUCUGACGCCAUAAUAUAGCCCGCCACAGUAGAGAUGGCACCGACUCAAUUGUUAUCGUUGCAUCUCUGCAGCCUUGCAGUUCGGGCCAUGUAUUGAUCAACUCAAGAUGGUAUUCUUC